CCUUUGUUUGAAUGCAGUUUGUUGCAAUUGGUUUAAUAUAUUUUUAUAUUACUCAUCGAAUACAAGCAAUUUCAACAUGUCGAUUACAUCUAGAAGAUCCCGAAAGACAGAUAAAAACUUGUCUCUAAUUCUACAAAAUGUGGAGGAAAAAGAGGUGGCGCAGCUAGAUUUGAUACAAGAUCUGAACCAAGAGUUCUUCUUCAGAAGCUAUGAGCUCAUACAGGCGCUCAUGGAUGUGGAUUCAGCUAUAGCUGCCAAAAUGAAGCGCUUUGUCGACAUUAUUGGCCGCAUGCAUCAGCUCUAUGCGGCAGAAGUGGCAGAGGGCACUGACAGGAGAGAGCAAAUUGCAGAAGCAAACCGGAAACUGCGUCUGGCGUUGGAGUCAACGGCCAUGUCGAAUAGCAUGAUGGAUGAACUGAAGGAGUCGGUGGAAGAGGCGUGGCGCACAGCUGAUUCGGUGCAGCACAGAGAGACCGUAAGGCAGCAUAGUCUAAGGCAAGAAAGCUCAGCUUAUGAUCAUAGCAAGAACAACAUAGAAGUCGAACAUGAAGCUCAUCCCAAAGAAUUGCGCAUACGCAGCUUAGUUUAUCGUGAACGCGAUCGGCUGGCUGGCGAGAUUAAGGACUAUCAGAAGCGCUUGGAGAUUAAUAGAUAUUAUUCAGCGGGACUUGAACAGAUUAAUGAAAACCAUCGUACCACAAUAACCAAGCAGCAUAACCGGCUCAAGGCAAUGGAAGCUGAUUUGUAUACUGUUAUGAAUAAGAAUCGCGUCAAUAUUGAACACUUGGAGGAGAAAUUGUUAAGCAUGAGAAGGGAAUUGGAGGCACUAAAUCAAACAAACGCAGAGCUGCGUGUUUUUCAGAGAAAAUAUGAAGAGUGUGGGCAUCUCACGGAGGAGCUUAAGCAUCGCACUGAUCGCCUGACACAAGAGAACUAUAUGCUGCAAAAGCAGAAUCAUCGACUGGAGGAGGAAAAGUUUCAGUCUAAGGUGAUAGCUAGUGGCUUAGAACAUGACAUAAAGACCGUGCAACGAGAAAAGGAAUCUCUGGAGUUAAUUAAGCAAGUACAUCUACAUGAAAUUAAAAAGAAAGCCGAUGUAAAUGCGCUGCUCAGUCGACGCUUUAUGCAAAUUUCCAAAAAAAAUCAAGAUCUUAUAGAGCAAGAGUCGACCAUGAGCCAUCUGGUGGUGGUCGUUGAAAAGAAGCUGCUCUAUGCCAACAGUAAGGUAGAAGAGGUUAAACGCCAGCGUGAUGAUGUAACACGUGAGCGAGAAAAGCUGAAAGUCGAAAUUGUUACCUUGAUGGAUGCGCAGAGCAAUCUGAAACAUGAUAUAUUCAAUCAGCGCAAUCAAAUUCAAGAUAUUCAAGUGUUGCUAGAUCGCGCCAAUAAGACCUUAGACGAAAAGGAUAACAAGAUACAUCAUUUGCAAAAAGAGAAAGCAGAGCUAGUGUCGGAGACCAACGAUCUUUCCAAAAACAUCGAAGUCUUGGAGGAAACGUUGCAGAACAAAAACGAACGCAUUACCACGUUGCUUGAGAGACUACGACUAAAGCAUGAGGAAUAUAUAAGUGUCAAGAAGCAAAUGGAACUCAUUUUCAGUGAGAAGGCGGCUUUGGAGAAAAACUACACCACCUGCUGCAGAGAUCGUCAGACUGUGCAAUCGCUUAACUCCAAGUUAUCCUUUCAGGUGAAUCAGCUAACCACUCAGCUGGCCAUUAACGAAAAGGACAUGAUUGGCUUAAGAAAUCAAAUCGAUCAAUUGAACAGCGCUGUCAAGCAUAAGCUCAACGAUAUACACAGCAGGGAUCAGCAGCUACAGCGCAUGCGCGUCGAGGUACAUGAAAUGAAAAUGCGCAGCGAGCAGCUCAUCAGCACCAUAGAUCAGGAUGAGAAGCGCUUCAAGCAGGUCAGCUGUAGCCUCGAAGACCUCAAAAAGGAAAAGAAUCUAGUGGGGCUGCAAAUGGUGCGACGCAAUGAUGAGUUAAAGCUGAAAAACGAAAAACUAAGCAUGAUGCAACUUGCUUUGGAUCGCGGCACAAUGCAGUAUAAUCAACGCAUAGAGGACAUACGUCUGCUCAAGCUAGAGAUAUCAAAUUUACGCAGCUCGAAUUCUUGCCUGGAGCGUGCGCUGACACAGACGAGCAAUAUGCGCCAGGAGGUGGUGCGGCUGGAGCGUCAACUCAAUCGGGAACGCUUGCGUGUUACUGCGUUCACGGAGGAGAUGAAGCAUCCCUGCCACAUACAUCGCUGGCGUGUGACGUACGCCAAGGAUCCAAAGAAGUUCGAGCUGCUGCGCAAGAUACAGCUGCUGCUCAAGCGUAACAUACGUCUAGGCAUCGAACGCAGCCGUGUGCAAGCGCAAUUGCAGGAGUCAGAACGUCGAUAUGAGAAGCUCAAGCGUCAGUUGCAAUAUGUGCCAGAUCGCAGCAUCGUAGAUCGUCUUUGGAAGCAGCGGCACAUCACUCACCAGCAGAGCCGCAAGAUUAAGGCAAUGCAGGCAGAGCUGAGCAUCAACGAAAUCGAUUUGCAGGCACGCGAAUGUCUCAUCGAUGUCUUUCAGCAAACGUUGAAAGAUCAAUUGAUGCCCAACAAACCCAACACGGACGCUAAGCAAAUGGUGCACUACACUAUAAGGUCCAGUGAAGAUAAAAUAUCAAGUGGCCCUCAGUUCUGUAGAUGAAGUUUAUUUGCUAAAGCAGCGUGCU